AUGGCUGAACCCCACAUGAACUCGUUCACCGUUCCCUUAACACAAAUGAGUCGGAUUUCACCACUGCAUGCAACAAGUCCAACCAGGGGCAACAAGCUUAAGGGUGUUCGCCGUCGCAAAUGGGGCAAGUGGGUGUCGGAGAUUCGAGUUCCGGGCACACAAGAGCGUCUCUGGCUGGGAACCUACGCCACGCCGGAGGCUGCGGCGGUCGCUCACGACGUCGCCGUGUACUGUCUGAGGAGGCCUUCUUCCUUAGACAAACUUAACUUCCCCGAAACCUUGUCUUCUUACGGAGUUCAGCUGAGGGACAUGUCUCCGAGGUCUGUUCAGAAGGUGGCUUCCGAUGUUGGGAUGGAUGUUGACGCCAGAAACAUUGCUGCUGGCAAAACUUCAACUGGGGUGGCACAAAGUUACGAGAUUGAGAAGAAAAUUGAGGAGAGGAAUGAUGUUGGUGGAGCAGGUGAUGAGUCUUGGUGGGAUGGUUUGGAGGGUGAUGGUUGUGGGAUCUGGCAAGGAAGUGGUGAAGAUUGUAAAGAAAACGAUGCCUUGAACAUUUCCAUCGAAGAUUAUCUUUAG